AUGUUGCCGACCCGCCAACCUCCGCAGGUCCCCGUCGAUGGCAGCCCUCCGGUGAACCCCCCAUGCGCCACCGUCUCCAUCUUGUCCGUGCCGCCAAGGCAUACCCCCGACGGUCAUCGACGCUUCCUGGAACCCGCUACAUCACCCGCCCGUGCCGUGCCAGCCUCCGGUGGUCACCGCCAUGAGAACGCGCGCAACAGGCUCGGCGUCGAACACCUGCAGUGCUGCAGCGCAUCCUUCGCCACGUCGUCCGCCACAUCAGCACCGUGGGCCCCCCUCGUCAGCGACCACAGGUCAAACCGCCGCGGUGAGAAACAUUCCCCAGAUCUGGAUCUGGACGAUCUGAUUGAGUCGCCCAUCGCCGUCGUCCUCUUGCGCCUCUACUCUGACAACGACAUCGACCUGCACCGGCCAUCAACCACACGGCACAGCCGCACACGCCGCACACGCCGCACACGGGGCACCCCUACGUGCAUCGCAGCAGGCUGUUCUUGCUCGCGCGGUCUCCAUCGCCUGCCCGUCUUCGUCGCCAUCGACCGGGACUACAUCGACAACGCCGCCAUCGACUCCGAUCUGCGCGUCGUCCACGUCAUGGCGCGUAUCGUGCCGUCGUCGGUGCGGCAUACGAUCCUUUCAGCCGGCCAGCACCCGCCGCCCCCACCGGCCGCCGUUUCGGUUCCGUCCGCCACCCUGACACCGCCCGCCUCCGCCGUCAGCAAGGGCCACCCCGCGUGGUGGCCGCCAUCGCCCUCGCCAAUUCCCACAUGGACCGACGCGUCGCCCGUCUACACUCAGACUGCGGCGCGGACGACGGUUCAGCAGCCCGCCCACACCUUUGGCGGUCCUGGCAGGUUUGCGGCCCCCUUCGCCGCGAGCACGUCCUUCAACCCGGGCCGCCAGGAGGGCGCCCCCGAGGUCACGCCUCUGGCACAGCAGCCGCCCCGCUUCACCAAGCUGGAGUUCGCCACCUACGACGACGCCACCGACCCCCUGAACUGGCUGAACCAGUGUGAGCAGUUUUUUCGGGGGCAGCGGACGCUCAGCGCCGACCGCACGUGGAUCGCCUCCUAUCACCUACGGGGCGCCGCGCAGACUUGGUACUACACCCUCGAGCAGGACGAGGGCGGGAUGCCGCCCUGGGAGCGUUUCCGCGACCUGUGCCUCCAGCGGUUUGGGCCGACCCUCCGCGGCAGCCGCCUCGCCGAGCUGGGACGCCUCGCCUUCACCACCACGGUCCAGGACUUCGCCGACCGCUUUCAGGCGCUCGAGUGCCACGCCCCGGGCGUCUCAGCACGGCAGCGCGCCGAUCUCUUCGUCGGCGGCCUCCCCGACUACAUCCACAUCGACAUCGAGAUGCGCGAGCCGGCGGACCUGCAGACGGCCAUGUACUACGCACGGGCCUACGAGCAGCGCGCCCUCGCCAUGCAACAGGUCUACGCGCAACAUGGCAGCGCUCGUCCCGCGCCCCGCCCCGACGCCCACCGCCCCACCGCGCCUGCAGGCCCUCCUGCGCCGACUCGCCCCUUCAAGCGGCUGACGGCUGCGGAGCAGCUUGAGCGGCGCCGCCAGGGGCUAUGCUUCAACUGCGACGAGAAGUACGCGUCGGGCCACACGUGCGCCUGCCUCUUCUACCUGGAGACCGUCAAUGACGCCGAUGUUGAGGCCCUCACCGCCGAGCUCGCGGCCGCCACCGUCACUGAGGCCGGUGUCACGACCUACGUGCCGGUCGACGCGUCCACCUUCGUCGUCUCUCUUCAUGCUAUGGCGGGCAUCAAGACAGCAAAGACGAUGCUGCUUCCGGUGACGAUCAAUGGGGAGCGUCUCACUGCGCUGGUGGACACGGGCUCCACGCACAACUUCCUGUCCAACACCGCCAUGCGCCGCCUCGCUCUCCAGCCGGCGGGAUCGGAGAAGUACAGCGUCACCGUCGCCAACGGGGACCAUCUUACGUGCCAGGGCGUGGCGCGACAGGUUCCCGUGCUCGUAGGCGACGAGCCGUUCUCCAUCGACUGCGUCGGCAUCGACUUGGGCUGCUAUGACUUCAUCCUCGGCCUCGACUUCCUGAGCACCUUAGGCCCCAUCCUGUGGGACCUCGACGUGCUGUCCCUCAUCUUCUGGCGCGAGGGCGGCCGCCGUGUUCACUGGACGGGCGUGGGCAGCACUGGCACAUUGAUGCGUGUGCUCCACCUGAUGGCCGCCGCGCUUGACGAGGCGCAUCUGCUCCUGGCCGACUUACUGCAGCAGCACGGCGACCUCUUCGACGAGCCGCAGGGCCUCCCUCCCUCGCGACCCUGUGACCACCGCAUACACCUGCUGCCAAACACGGCACCCGUAGCCGUGCGGCCGUACCAGUACCCCCAGCUGCAGAAGGACGAGCUCGAGCGCCAGGUGGUGGUCAUGCUAGCACAGGGCAUCAUUCGGAUCUCGACGUCGCCGUUCUGCGCCCCCGUGCUCCUUGUGCGCAAGGCCGACGGCACGUGGCGCUUCUGCAUCGACUUCCGCGCCCUCAACACCGUCGCGUCCAAGGACAAGUUCCCCAUUCCCGUCGUGGAUGAGCUCCUGGACGAGCUGCAUGGCGCGCGCUUCUUCACCAAGCUCGACUUGCGCUCGGGCUAUCAUCAGGUGCGCAUGCACCCGGACGACAUCGCCAAGACGGUAUUCCGCACUCACCAUGGCCACUAUGAGUUUUUGGUGAUGCCGUUCGGCCUCUCCAACGCACCGGCGACCUUCCAGGCCCUGAUGAACGAUGCGCUCAGCCCCUACUUACGCCGCUUUGUGCUUGUUUUCUUUGAUGAAAUUUUGAUCUACAGCGCAUCCUGGGCGGAGCACCUGCAGCACGUGGCCAUCAUCUUCAACGAGCUUCGAGCGCAUCGAUACUACCGGCGGUACAUCCAGGACUUCGGCCUCAUCGCCGAGCCUCUCACGCGCCUGCGUCGCCGCGACGCCUUCUCCUGGGACGAGGAGUUCCACGGCCUUCGCCGCCCUACAGCGGGCACUCACGACGGGUCCCGUUCUUCAGAUGCCGAACUUCGACGAGCCGUUCGUGGUGGACUGCGACGCCUCCGGCAUUGGCUUCGGCGCCGUCCUUCACCAGGGCGAGGGUCCAUCGCUUUCUUUAGUCGCCCCUUCGCCGCGCGCCACCACAAGCUCGCCGCAUAUGAGCGCGAGCUGAUCGGGCUGGUCCAGGCGGUGCGCCACUGGCGGGCGUAUUUUUGGGGCCGGACAUUCCGUGUGCGCAUGGACCACUACAGCCUGAAGUUCUUGCUGGAUCAGCGCCUCUCCACCGUGCCGCAGCACCAGUGGAUCAGCAAGCUCUUCGGUUUCGACUUCAUCGUCGAGUACCGCCCCGGCCGCCUCAACACAGUUGCCGACGCCCUAUCCCGCCGAGACGUUGACGACACUGCGGACGUGCCCACGGUCGGUGCAGCCCUCUGCAUCCACUCCGGGCCAUCUUUCGCCUUCAUCGACGAGGUUCGACGCGCUACUGCCGCGGCUGCGGUUGCGCAGCAGCUGCGCCAGCGCCUGGCCGACGGCGAGCUGGCCGCGCCAUGGCGCCUGGACGAGGGACUACUCCUGCAUGGAUGCCGCAUCUUCGUGCCGAAUCAUGGAGACCUGCGCCACCAGGCCUUGUCCUUGGCACAUUCUGCAGGUCACGAGGGCGUCCAGAAGACCCUGCACCGUCUCCGCCCUGAUUUUUACAUUCCAGGGGAUGGCGCCCUGGUGCGAGACUGGGUGCGGGCGUGUGUCACAUGCCAGCGGAACAAGACGGAGACGCUCCGUCCGGCGGGCUUGCUGCAGCCGCUGGACGUGCCGUCCCAGUAUGCGCACUUCAUCGCCCUCGGCCAUCCCUAUACGGCGGCGUCCGUGGCACGUGCCUUCUUCGACGGCAUCGUUCGCCUCCACGGGUUUCCGUCCUCCAUCGUCAGUGAUCGUGAUCCUGUGUUCACGGGUCACGUCUGGAGGGACCUCUUUGGAUUGGCGGGCAUGAAGCUCCAAAUGAGCACGGCAUUUCAUCCUCAGACGGACGGCCAGUCCGAGGUCGUCAACAAGAUCAUCGCCAUGUACCUGCACUGCAUCACCGGGGAUCGUCCACGAGCUUGGGUGGACUGGCUGGCGUGGGCCGAGUACUGCUACAACACGUCCUACCACUCCGUGCUGCACGAUACUCCCUUUGAGGUGGUGUACGGGAGGCCACCGCCGGCGAUGCUUCCCUAUGCGUCGGGCACGGCCCGUACUGAGACGGCGGAUGACCUGCUGCGUACCCGCGACGAGAUACUGGUUGAGGCGCGCCAGCGACUUCUUCAGGCUCAGCAGCUGGCCAGGAGGUACUAUGAUGCACACCAUCGCGAGGCGGAGUUUGCGGUGGGCGACUGGGUCUGGCUCCGCCUUCUUCACCGGACGACCCAGUCCUUGGACCCGCGCUCCAAGCGCAAGUUGGGACCUCAUUACGCCGGUCCCUUCCGUGUGCUGGAGCGCAUCGGCACGCUCGCCUACUGUCUUGAGAUGCUCGCGGGCUCGCGCCUCCACGACGUCUUCAACGUCGGCCUCCUGAAGGCCUACCGGGGCGACCCUCCUUCUGCACCACCAGCUCUUCCACCUACUUCGGAUGGGCGUCUCGAGGCUGCCCCGGCGAGUGUGGCUCGCGUGCUGAAGGCCCAGUAG